AUGCCAAUGCACGCCAACGAUAUGGCCUGGGAACAGGCCGAGAAGGUAUCUCACAAUUGGCUGCUUCAAUUCCUCAAACUUGAAAUCAAGAAACCGAUCGCGAUGUUCAUCCUCAAGCACCAUAGAGGAGACGUACCAAAACAAUUCUGUGGUUAUACGGCUAUCGCAGCCCGGUGCCGUAUUCUUCCUGAGAAAAAAGUCGUUAACGAAGUUGCUAUAAUGCGAUUUCUAGCAGAUCAGACGUCGAUAUCUGUUCCUUUUAUUCUUCACUCGGGGACGAAGGAGGAAAGCCCUCUAGAACUAAGCCCGUUUAUUAUGAUGGACUAUGUCGAGCACGAAGCAAAUAUGUACGGCGCUCUUAAUACUCCCGGAUGCCCGAAAGAGGAGCGUGGAAUUCUAGACCCGAAUAUCAACGAGGAUACGCUUGAGUUUUUAUAUGGUCAGCUAGCGGGUGUCCUACUCCAGCUUUUCAAGAAUUCUUUUCCCCGUAUAGGAUCUCUCACUCAGAUCGAUGACUUCACCUGGGAAGUAUCGCGGCGACCCUUAUCAAUGAAUAUGAAUGAACUAGUACGACUAGGUUGCCUACCACGCUCUAAGCUUCCGAACACCAUAUUCAGUACAACAUCUUCUUAUCUUGAGGCCCUAGCGGACCUUAACAUCGAGCACCUAUUGCACCAGAGGAAUGAUGCUGUGGAGUCAGCAGAUGACUGUCGACGCAAAUUUGUGGCGCGACAGCUUUUCCGUAAGCUCGCUAGAGAAAAGCGACUUAUCGUUUCGCCAUUUGAGCACGGCCCGUUCAAACUCUGGUGUGACGAUUUCCGACCGGCGAAUGUACUACUCCAUGAGAACAUGAAAAUUGCUGGAGUGGUAGAUUGGGAGUUCGCAUAUGCAGCGCCAGUUGAGUUUUCUUAUGCGCCGCCUUGGUGGCUGCUUAUCGAGAGGCCCGAGUUCUGGCCAAAUGGCAUAGACGACUGGGAGGAUGUGUUUGCACACCGCUUGAAGACUUUUCUGAGAGCGAUGAGAGAUUGCGAAGACACAGAGAUUCAAAAAGGUCACUUGAAGGAGAACGACCGCCUCUCUAGCCAUAUGCAGCAGAGCUGGGAUAGUGGAACUUUCUGGAUCGUGUAUGCGGCGUUGCAUAGCUUUGCAUUCGACGCAAUCUACUGGCAGAAAAUCGAUCCGAUGUUUUUCAAGGCUGCUGAAAAUUCCGAGACAGCUUGGAAGGAGAGGCUCGGCCUACUGGGUGAACGGGAAAUACAGGAGAUGGAGCAACUGGUUGCUAGGAAGUUGGAAGAGAUGAAAACCAGGGUUUUGGAGUGGGACCCGGAUGAGUAUACUGUUGAAGCAAUAGCGAAGGCGGCUGAAGCGGAUAGAGCCCACUAG